UGUAACUUAAGAUAAGAAUAUUUGCUGAAUUGUAUACAAAGCAACCGAAGAGUAUUCAAAAUCCGAAGAUCGAUACAUUCCAAAAGCCUCCCUAUCUACUACAACUACUGAAAACUAACAACAAUUUCUUCCUUCAAUUUAUGAAAUCACAAAUCAUCCAUGUCUUCCUCUGAAAAUCUAUGGAACGUUGAUUGGGAUGCUGAUCUCGAUGGUACGAAAUUCUCCAAGUACACCACUCGUCACUGGGAUGAUGAUCAUGAAUAUAAUUCUAACAUAUUCAGAAAUCACGACGUGUUCUUGAGUUUCAGAGGCGAAGACACUCGCGCAUCAUUCACUUCGCAUCUCUCCGCGUCUCUUCAAAACGCCGGAAUUAACGUUUUCAAGGACGAUCAAUCACUUCAAAGAGGAGAUCACAUCUCAUCCGCACUACUUCGAGGGAUUUACGGUUCUAGAAUUUCUGUUAUUGUGUUCUCCAGAAACUACGCUGGUUCGCGAUGGUGUCUUCAAGAGUUGGUUAGAAUAAUGGAGUGUAAGAGAAAUGUUGAUCACGUGGUACUGCCUGUGUUCUACGGUGUUGAUCCGUCGGAAGUUCGUCGUCAAACCGGUGAGUUUGGAAAAGCUUUUGGAAAGAGUGCUUUUGAAUUGGACGAAUACAUGAAGCAAAGUUGGAGAAAUGCGCUUCGUGAGGCUGGUGGCAUUGCAGGAUUUGAUGUCCAAAAUUACAGGAAUGAAAAUGAGGUUAUCAAGGAGAUUGUUAAAAAGGUUAUACACAUACUUGACAUAUCAGACUUGUUCGUUGUUGAUAAUCCGGUUGGAGUUGAAUCUCGAGUGCAAGAUAUGAUCCAACUUUUAGAAACUCAACAAUCAAAUGACGUUAAACUACUAGGGAUAUGGGGGAUGGGUGGAAUCGGUAAAACCACCAUUGCAAAAGCUAUUUACAAUAAAAUUGGCCGCGAUUUUGAAGGUAGGAGCUUUCUUGCAAAUAUUAGGGAGGUUUGGGAGCAAGUUCGUGGACAAAUAUCUUUACAGGAACAACUUAUGCACGAUAUUUUCAAAAAAACAACGAAGAUACAAAACAUUGGAUCAGGACAAUCUAUACUAAAGAGAAGAUUAUGUGGAAAAAGAGUAUUACUUGUACUUGAUGAUGUGAAUGAACUAGACCAAGUAUAUGCUUUGUGUGGAAGUUGUAAAUGGUUUGCUCCAGGGAGUAGAAUAAUCAUCACAACCAGAGAUAAACAUAUACUUAGAGGGGAUAGAGUUAACAAAAUAUCCACAAUGAAAGAAAUGGAUGAAAGUGAAUCUCUUGAGCUUUUUAGUUGGCAUGCAUUCAAGCAAACGAGUCCCAAAGAAGAUUUUUAUGAAAUUUCCAAAUAUGUAGUUAAGUAUUCUGGGGGGUUGCCGCUAGCUCUGGAAGUCCUUGGGUCUUAUUUGUUUGAUAGAGAAGUAUCUGAGUGGAUUUGGGUAUUGGAGAAACUCAAAAGAAUUCCCAAUGAUCAAGUACAUAAAAAGUUAAAAAUAAGCUACGAUGGUUUAAAUGAUCAUACAGAGAAAGAAAUAUUCCUUGACAUCGCCUGCUUCUUUAUUGGGAUGGAUCGAAAUGAUGUUAUACAUAUAUUAAACGGUUGUGAAUUUUUCGCAGAAAUUGGAGUACGCAUUCUUGUCGAGCGAAGCCUUGUAACUGUUGAUGAUAAGAACAAACUUCGCAUGCAUGAUUUACUGCGGGAUAUGGCAAGAGAAAUCAUUCGUAAGAAAUCACCAAAGAGGCCUGAGAAGCGUAGUAGGUUGUGGUUUCAUGAGGAUGUGCUUUAUGUUUUGUCAAAACAUAAUGGAAGAAAAGUUGUUGAGGGACUGGCUUUGAAGCUGCCAGGUCAUAGUACAAAAUGUUUUAGUACCAAAGCAUUUAAAGACAUGGAAGAACUCAGAUUGCUUCAACUUUCUGGUGCACAACUUGAUGGAGAUUUUAAAUAUCUUUCAAGAAAUUUGAGAUGGUUGCACUGGAAUGGAUUUCCUUUAUCAUGCAUACCUUCAAAUUUCUACCAAAGAAAUUUAGUUUCCAUUGAGUUAGAAAACAGCAAUAUCAAACUUGUGUGGAAAGAGAUGCAGAGGAUGGAGAAGCUGAAAAUUCUCAAUCUUAGUCAUUCACAUUAUCUGACUCAGACCCCCGACUUUUCAAACUUACCUAAUCUUGAAAAACUAAUACUCAAAGAUUGUCCAAGGUUGUCUGAGGUUUCCCAUAGCAUUGGACAUCUCAAGAAAGUUCUUCUGAUAAAUUUGAAAGACUGUAUUCGUCUUUGUAACCUUCCAAGAAACAUCUAUACGUUGAAAUCUCUGAAAACUCUCAUUCUAUCUGGAUGUUUAAAGAUUAACAAGUUGGAAGAGGACUUGGAACAAAUGGAAUCUCUAACCGCUCUGAUUGCAGAUAACACUACUAUAACAAAAGUGCCCUUUUCCGUUGUAAGGUCAAAAAACAUUGGAUAUAUUUCUUUGUGUGGAUACAAAGGAUUCUCCCGCGACGUGUUUCCUUCUAUCAUUUGGUCUUGGAUGUCACCGACAAAUAACCUCUCACCCAAUGUCAUGUCGUCCCUUGUUUCAAUAAAUGCAUCAAAUAGUAUUUCCCACAAUCUAUCAUCUAUUUCCAGAGUCCUUCCUAAGCUUCAAAGUCUUUGGCUGGAGUGUGAAUCGGAUCUUCAACUAUCACAAGAUGCAGCAAUAAUUUUGAAUGCUUUAAGUGCAACAAGUUCUAAGGAAUUGGAAUCAACUGCAACUACAUCACAAGUACUAGAUGUAAAGACUUUUUCAUUAAUUGAAUGUCGCAGUCAAGUGCAAGUUUCAACAACAAAAACUUCCAUGAAAUCUCUUUUAAUUCAAAUGGGAAUGAGUUGCAUAAUCACCAAUCUUCUAAAAGAGAAGAUCUUACAGAAUUUGUCUGUCGAAGGGUGUGGUAGUUUUUUGCUCCCCGGUGAUAACUACCCAGAUUGGUUAACUUUCAAUUCCGAAGGUUCUUCGGUAACUUUUGAAGUCCCUCAAGUGGAAGACAAUAAUUUGAAGUCAGUGAUGUGCGUUGUCCAUUCUUCAAGCCCAGACAAUGUUACAUCAUAUGGCCUUAAAAAUGUGUUGGUAAUAAAUUACACAAAGACCACCAUUCAACUCUAUAAGACAGAGGCGUUAUCGUCCUUUGAAAACGAGGAGUGGCAGAGACUAGUAUCAACUAUGGAAGCUGGUGACAAAGUGGAGAUUGCUGUUGUUUUUGAGAAGAAUUUCUUUGUGAUGAAGACUGCAGUUUAUCUCAUAUAUGAUGAACUAAUAGGCCAAAAAUUGGAGCGAUGUCAUGCACUAGAUAAGAAUGUUCUUGUUAGUAGUGGUGAUGAAAAUGAAUGCACUGCCAAGAGGAUUUCUCCUCAAGUAGAGUCCGCAGAUGAUUUUAAACAAGAACAGAAAAGAAGAAAACUUGAAUGAAGCGUGGUAUUGCUGGUUGUGGAGAUUGAUGAAUUAUAGUUUCCGACAGUGGAUAACACUCAGAGUUGUCGCAUCAAUGUCAUUUAUCCACAACAUUCUUCAAUAUCAAAGAUCAGACAUAAUUGCGAGUUAUGACUGCAGCCAUAGUUAAGACCUAGCGUUAUGGUCUUAAAUUGAUCCAUACACACGGUGUGUGCUCGUGUUUUUUUUAUUAAACUUUACUUAUAGUUGGACACAGAUCCAUCAAGCUCCCAAAGAGUCUUAGCAUGCACAUCAUUAUCGUCCACUUCAUUUUCGUCAUGACGCUGAAAACUACUGAAUUUAUUUUCUUAU